GAAACUGUACUAUCAGUCAACGAUUCUUUGAAAACAUCAGAAGACGCAAUGAGCAAACCAAACCAAAACUCAAAGUAUCUUUCUCCCAAAAAUCACGUUUUUAGCUACUCUUUCCAAUCUUGAUAUGUUCAUGCUUUUCACUUGAGGCAGGGAAUUGAAGACUUUGCCAAGAUGUACUUGCCCACUAUCAAGCUCCGCCCUGCUCGCAUAGAAUGCGAGCCCCUCCGAAUGUGGGAAUGCGAGAAUGCGAGAAUGCGAGAAGCGAGGUACGAACACGCGUAUGCGCCUCCAAUCAAAAGCUUCUUGGUACGAUGCUGCACCUUUUCAUUUAGUUUACGCUUUUUCCAGAAUCACUUAUUAUACAGCUCUGUUCCUGUAUUCACAAUGAAGUUUUCUCCUCAUCCCAUUCCGAUCCACAAACCUCUUCCUUUCCUCUAAAGAGACGCAGACCUUUCGAAUUCUCGACUUCCGAUAUUAAUCUACUCCCCGUCUCCUGAGCUUCAAAUCCGUAUUUAAAAAUUAGGCGAACGUGAUACACUCAUCACACCAAUCAUCAUGUCGGCCAAUGGAGAAAAAUAUAUGUUAUAUCAUUACAACCCAUCGACAGCUGCAGCUUGCGUUUUCGUAGUCCUAUUUGCUGUCUCCGCCAUUGUCCACACCUUCCAACUCGUCUGGAAACGAACAUGGUAUUUCAUACCCUUCGUCAUCGGAGGUAUUUUUGAAUUCAUAGGCUACAUCGGGCGUCUUAUGUCCUCUCGCCAGAACUAUGGCGACUGGACACUUGGACCCUACAUCAUGCAAUCGCUACUCAUCCUCAUCGCCCCCGCCUUUUUCGCAGCAUCCAUCUACAUGGUCCUCGGACGCAUCAUCGUGCUCACCGACGGCGAAAAACAUUCCUUCAUUCGCGCUCGCUGGCUCACCAAAAUCUUCGUCGCCGGCGAUGUUCUUUCCUUCCUGAUGCAAUCUAGUGGUGGUGGACUUCUCGCUACCGCCAAGACCGCUUCAAGUCAAAGUAUGGGAGAAAAUAUCAUCACGGGUGGUCUCGUCGUCCAAGUUGUUUUCUUCGCGUUCUUCAUCGUCACGGCCGGUAUUUUCCACUUCAGGAUUACGAAAGCACAAGGUGGAACACAUGCUUCUGCUGUCCCAUGGCAACAAUACCUCCUCAUUCUUUACAUCGCCAGUACAUUUAUCAUGAUUCGAUCGCUUUUCCGUAUUGUGGAGUAUGUGCAAGGAACUGAUGGUGCUCUUUUAUCGACGGAAACAUACAUCUAUGUCUUUGAUGCCACGCUUAUGUUUUUGGUCAUGGUAAUUUUCAAUGUCAGACAUCCAAGUGCCAUUAUCCAAGGAAAGGGUCAGCAAUACCAGACUACUCCAGUUUCGACAGGAAGCAGAGAGGGAUAUCCAAUGGAUGAUAGAAGUCAAUCUGCGACCAAGUACCAAGGUCGGGACUAUGCGAGAGAAUCCGUUUAGAUGGUAUAGAAUGAGAUAAUGAAGGGAGGAUACAAGUAGCAUUUCGGUUGGAUGGAAAAAUGUUACCAGAGAGGUUUCUCAAUACUAAUGCAAUAUGCGUGGCACCCCAACUACGGUUGGCAUGGGGAGGGGUUUUUUUUCUUACAGCUAUUUCUGCAGCAAGGCGUUUCAGCAUGGGAUCCAUAGAGGAUGUAAAAAUAUAGCAUGCGACUUACAUGGAUAUUAGAAUAAACGAAUAAUGACAAGAUAUUCAGAACA